AUGAAGAGGUGUACAAGAUGGCAGGUGUCAUGGCACAGUGUGGUGGACUGGAGUGCAUGCUCAAUCGGCUAUCAGGAAUCAAAGAUUUUAAACAGGGUCGUCAUCUGCUCACAGUUUUGCUGAAGUUGUUCAGUUAUUGUGUAAAAGUGAAAAUAAACCGACAACAGCUUGUCAAACCAGAGAUGAACACGCUCAACGUGAUGCUCGGAACUCUAAACUUGGCUUUAGUGGCAGAACAAGAGAGUAAAGACAGCGGUGGGGCCUCCAUAGCAGAGCAAGUUCUGAGCAUCAUGGAGAUCAUUUUGGACGAAGCUAAUGCAGAGAUUUCGGAGGACAAGGUAGGUGCCAAAGAAGCAACAGGAACACUCAAGGAGCACAGACUGACAACCUUCUUUGAAAGGG